AAUUUUGUCGGUUCGAAUAACUUGAACUUGUUGAAACCCAACGGUGGUUUUGGUACCCGAGCUGCUGGUGGUAAGGAUUUCUCAGCUCCGAGAUAUAUCUUCACCCAGUUAAACGAAAUCACGAGAAAAGUUUUCAACCCGUUGGAUGAUCCUUUGUACAACUAUUUGCAAGAUGAUGAGCUGACGGUUGAACCCGAGUGGUAUUUGCCUGUAAUCCCAAUGCUUUUGGUAAAUGGUGCUGAGGGUAUCGGAACAGGAUGGUCGACCAACAUUCCCAGUUUCAAUCCGGCUGAUAUCGUAGCAAACAUCCGGAGGCUCAUGGAGGGUGGAGACUUGGAAGAAAUGUAUCCAUGGUUUAGAGGAUGGGAAGGAGAAAUCGAAAAAAUCGAUUCCGGUGAAGUUUAG